UGAAAACUUCGGUUUCCGAAUAUAUUCGCCGUAUCGGCGGGAGUGGAAAAGAAACUCGCCUUUGUACCGUUUCCCUCUGGUUUCCCUGUUCCUCUUCUUUCUUUAUUUUCCCUCUGCUUCGCCCCCCGCAGGAGAGCAGAGUCCGAGAACGCAACAGGGCUCUCGCCUCAAUCUCUCCCGUUUUUCUUCAAUCAACCGUUCUGUUGCACUGCUUGGAGUGAAGUUUUCAAGAGGGUAUAUUGUCGAAGGAGAGGAUAAUGGGGUAUAUUGGGGCACAUGGAGUGGCAGCCUUGCACAGGUAUAAGUACAGUGGUGUGGAUAACUCAUUGCUUGCGAAGUAUGUCUUCCAGCCCCUUUGGAGUCACUGUGUCAACUUCUUUCCUCUGUGGAUGCCACCCAAUGGGAUCACCCUUAUGGGAUUUCUUUUCUUAAUUUCCUCUGCAUUCCUUGGUUAUAUUUAUUCUCCUCGUUUGGAUUCACCUCCGCCAAGAUGGGUUCAUUUUGCGCAUGGACUAUUUUUAUUUCUCUAUCAGACUUUUGAUGCUGUUGAUGGGAAACAAGCACGACGAACGAGUUCCUCCAGUCCACUAGGGGAGCUCUUUGAUCACGGAUGUGAUGCACUUGCAUGUGCGUGUGAAGCCUUGGCAUUUGGGAGCACUGCAAUGUGUGGCAGAAUGACAUUCUGGUUUUGGGUUAUCUCAGCUGUCACUUUUUAUGGUGCAACAUGGGAACACUAUUUCACCAACAGUCUUCUUCUGCCGGCAAUUAAUGGUCCUACGGAAGGUCUCAUGCUCAUUUAUAUGGGCCACUUUUUCACCUUUUUUGUUGGUGCCGAGUGGUGGGCUCAGAAUUUUGGGCAGUCAAUUCCCCUUUUCAGUUGGGUGCCAAUUAUAAAUGAAGUUCCUACAUAUGGAGCUGUGUUAUUCCUGAUGACAGUUUUUGGUGUCAUACCAACUGUUUCAUCCAACAUCUCAAAUGUUCACAAGGUAGUGCAGGCAAGAAAAGGAAGCAUGUUGCUUGCCGUGGCUAUGCUUUACCCUUUCUUUGUGCUUUUGGGUGGAGUCCUAGCAUGGGAUUAUUUGUCUACUAACAAUUUGAUAGCAAGUUAUCCCCAUCUAGUUAUAAUGGGAACUGGACUUGCAUUUGGGUUCCUUGUGGGAAGAAUGAUUUUAGCUCAUCUGUGUGAUGAACCCAAAGGAUUGAAAACUAACAUGUGUAUGUCUCUGCUCUAUCUUCCACUCGCCAUCGCAAAUUCUCUCACUGCAAAAUUGAAUGAUGGGGUUCCGUUGGUUGACGAGUUCUGGGUACUUCUUGGAUAUUGUGCAUUCACAGUGACGCUCUAUUUACAUUUUGCCACGUCUGUCGUUCACGAGAUCACUACAGCCUUGGGAAUCUAUUGCUUCAGGAUUGCUAGGAAAGAAGCUUAAAAUUUCGGAUUUGCAGCUUUCAGAUGCUUAUAAUGUUUGGUGGUGAUGAUUCCUCGACAGCGAACUCCGUGUUUGGGACCCUCUAUUGUGCUAACCGAUGCAGAAGAGGUUCUGCAACAUUGGGCAGGAUUUGGUUCAUGAUUUUUGUAGGACUGUGACAGUAGAUGGGCAAUAGAUUUAUUUCUCGUUUUGUCCGUAAAACUAUACCAUUGGUAUUGUUAUUUUAACUGUUACUCUUGCUAAAAAGAAGAGGUUUGGUAUCAGAGAAUUCUAAGUUCCAUUCUUAUGGCUCUGUAGAUUUGUAUUAUUUUUCAGAUUUGAGUGGUUUGGUUGAUGUCUUGCAGUAAUGUCAGUUUUUUGUUAUAAAUACAUUAGAUCUUGUUGGAAGACGACCUGGCUGGUUGGUCCUA